AUGAGCUCCAGCGUGGAUUCAGGCUGUGAGCGGUGCCGGUGCCACGGCAAGGAGAGGCAGCCCGCCAUCCUGUACACGCUGCUGAGCCAGGAGCUGCGGCCCCGGCAGCAGUGCCCGUGCCGGCAGCGCCGCGCCGUGUGCCUGCGCUCGCCGCAGCUCACCUGCCGCGCCGCCUCCCACGUGCUGCUCAAGACCAUCAGCUUCGUCAAGAACGUGGCCGCCUUCCGCCUGCUGCCGCAGGAGGACCAGCUGCUGCUGCUGGACAGCUGCUGGGUGCCGCUCUUCCUGCUGGGGCUGGUGCAGGAGAUGGUGACCUUCGAGGUGAUGGAGGCGCCGGCGCCCAGCAUGCUCAAGAAGAUCCUGCUCAGCGGGCAGAGCAAAGGGCAGGAGCCCGAGGGGACACAGCCCACGCUGGCGGCCGUGCAGAGGCUGCAGGGCUGCCUCAACAGCUUCUGGAGGCUGGACCUGAGCCCCAGUGAGUUCACCUACCUGAGGGGAGCCAUCCUCUUCAAUCCAGACAUCCCGGGGCUGCAGGCUGCCCUGUACAUCGAGAGCCUGCAGCGGGAGGCGCAGCGGGCGCUGCGGGAGCUGCCGCACCCCGAGCACCGGGAGCGCUUCCCGCACAUCCUGCGGCUCGCCGCCUCGCUGGGCUCCGUCCCCGCCGCCCUGGUCACGGCGCUCUUCUUCCGGCCCGUCAUCGGGGACGCGGCCAUGGGCGAGCUGCUGGCCGAGAUGCUCUUCGAAGUGUCGGGCUGGCCGCGGGCGCCUUGGCCGCCCCUGCCCCGCUGA